CACUACCCAAUCGGGAUAUGAAGAGAAAGGACUAGAAGAUGUCUUGCAUUAUCUGCAAUUCUGCAUCAUUUAUCAGAAGAAGACUUUGUAUUAGCCUUAACAGUUCUCAUCAGAACACUCCCUCAGAAAACAAAAAAAAUGGCAAACCGAUCAUUAUCCUACCUGUUCAUCAUUCUUCUCCAUCUCUUUUUAAUCUUGAAUUGUUCGAUUGCCGAAGACGGGGAUGAAGCUCGAAGCAGCAGCAGUAGUAUUGUCUUUGCUACUCUUGGAAGGUCAAAUUAUGCUUUUGACAUAUUCACAAUCCCAAUCUCCGCCUCAAAUUUUAAUAAUAAUUUUAGUAGUACAAAAGAGCUUCAAAUCACUGAUGCUAAAUCAGUCAACUACAAUGGUUUCUUUGCAUCUCCAGUUUCACCUCCACUACUGAAUCUCCUCUCAGACCACCCUAUGUUGUCUCAGGUAACAAAUUCUCCCUCAACUCUCCAAUGUCUAGUCUAUGUUACAGAGAGAGAUGGAUAUUCCAAUAUAUAUCUUGAUGCUUACAAUCCAAGGACUAGUAGUAACACAAGAAAAUCAAGAUCAGUUCUUGAACAAGUAGAUUUUAUAAGUCAAAGAGUUCAAAUUCCACUAUUGCAACAGCAAAAAGGUAUAAUCUUUAUGAAAGACAAGCCAUCAAUUUCAGGUGAGUACUUAAUAUAUGUUUCAACUCAUGAAAAUCCGUUACUACCUAGAAAGAGUUGGGCGGCUGUUUAUGCAACACAUAUCAAAACAGGACAAACUCAUAGACUAACACCUCAUGGUGUUGCGGAUUUUAGUCCUUCUGUUUCACCUUCUGGGACCUGGAUUGCUGUUGCUUCAUCUGGUGAGAAAGGUUGGGAUGGAGAGAUAGAAGAUCUUAAUACACAUAUCUAUAUCUUUAAAACAAAUGAUCAUGGUGGCUCGCAUAGAAUUAAAGUUGUGGAUCAUGGUGGUUGGCCUUGUUGGGUAGAUGAUUUCACAUUUUAUUUUCAUAGAAGCAGUGAUGAUGGUUGGUGGAGUGUUUAUAGAGCAACACUUCCUGCUUCCGUGGGAGACGCAAUUCAUAUUGAUUCUGUAACAAUAGAAAGAGUUACUCCACCUGGUCUUCAUGCUUUCACUCCUGCUGCUUCUGCGAAGAACCAAAAUUUUAUAGCUGUUGCCACAAGAAGACCCACUUCAAGGUUUCGCCACAUAGAGUUGUUCGAUAUCAAGACAAACAAAUUCAUGGAGUUAACGAAGAAUGUUUCACCGAACACGCAUCACUAUAAUCCAUUUUUCUCAGUAGAUGGAAAUGAAAUUGGGUAUCAUAAGUGUAGAGGAAGUGGUAAUGGAGAAGGAGAAGAAAACAAGAAGCUACUGCUUGAGAACGUUAAGAGUCCGUCUGAGAAGAUCUCGCUGUUCAGAAUAGAUGGGUCUUUCCCUUCUUUCUCUCCUAAUGGUGAUCGAAUAGCUUAUGUUGGAUUCCCUGGUUUGUUUGUGGUGAAUAGAGAUGGUUCUGGCAAAAGAGAAAUUUUCUCUGGUGCUGCUUUCUCAACUGCUUGGGAUUGGAAACGAAAGGUUGUAUAUACAAGCACUGGUCCAACUUUUGCUUCAGAAAAGACCCAAGUUGAUAUUAUCUCUGUGACCAUUGGUGAUGAUGACAAAGCCAAAGGCGAUAGCAGCGGUGAAAAAGGGGGUAUUGCUAAUCAAUCAAAGGUGAAAAAGCUCACAACGGGAGGCCAAAACAAUGCAUUUCCCUCAGCUUCUCCAGAUGGAAAAUGGGUUGUAUUCAGAUCAGGAAGGUCCGGUCAUAAAAAUCUGUAUGUAAUGGAUGCUUUUGAAGGAGAAAAAGGUGGAAUUUACAGGCUUACCAAGGGGCCAUGGACAGACACAAUGUGUAAUUGGUCUCCAGAUGGUGAAUGGAUAGCUUUUGCUUCUGACAGAGAGAAUCCAGGUAGUGGGAGUUACGAAAUUUUCUUUAUACAUCCAGAUGGGACUGGGUUGAAGAAAGUAGUUCAUAGUGGCAUAGGUGGAAGAACUAAUCAUCCAUGGUUCAGUCCAGGUUCCGAUCAUUUGGUAUUCACUACUGAUUAUGCUGCAGUGUCUGCUGAACCCAUUUCAAACCCUCAUCAUUAUCAGCCUUAUGGUGAUAUCUUCAUAGCUAGAUCGGAUGGUUCUGAGAUACAGAGGUUGACACACAAUUCUUACGAGGAUGGCACACCUGCUUGGGGUCCAACUUUCAUGAAGCCAGUAGAUGUUGUAGAGAGGCCUUCCAGUGGAUCUCAUUGUUCGUUCGAUGAUUGCCAUUGGCUAAGCAAAUAUGCUCCUAAGGUUGCAGUUAACAUUAGAUCGCAACAGAGUUGUUAGUUGCUAGAAAGUCUUUGAGUUGGCCGUAUACUUAUGUAUGUACUAUGCAGAGCCAUGUCUAAAGGCUACACAGCUCAACUACAUGUCUAGGAUGUUUGCUAUAAUGCAUAAGAACUUCAAUAUUUUCACUAUGUACAAUGAGUCUUAAUGGACCUAUGUGGUUUGUAGUACUUGAUAAUUAUUACAACUUUCUUAGUUCUAAUCAUCUGCAAUUUUACA